AUGCACUGCACCCGCCACAUCCGACGAGCAGCAACAGCCGCCGCCGCAAAAGCAGUGUCCCCGGUCCGCCAUCCCACACUCCGCUCCCUAACCACCACCCCCCUCUCCGCCACGUCCCUUCGGCCCGCCCUUUCCCACCCCCUCCCCAGCCUGCCCACCCAACUCCGCCGCCACUACGCCAGUAAAAAAAAAUCCUCCAAAGCGUCCGCAUCCAAAAAGGGCAAGCACGCCCUCGAGGACCUCGACGACGACCUCGACGAAGCCUCUCUCCCCAGCCGCACCGAAACCGAGACCGAGAUCGACAUCGAUGUGUUUGAUAGAGCAAUGGAGAGGGAGGUGAAGCGGUUUGUGGUGGAUCUGGAUGCUGUGCGGAUUGGGAGGGUCAAUCCAGCGCUGUUGGAAGCAGUAAUGGUAUCGCAUAAAGGCGAACGGGUCCCGCUGGGCCAGUUGGCGCAGGUGAAUGUGAAGGACGCGCAUACGUUGAUGGUUAUACUCAACGAGGAGGAGUUAACAUCCCCAGUCGACAAAUCCAUCCGCACCUCCGACCUCGCCCUCAACCCGCAGAAGCACUCCCCCGGCGUGCUCAAAGUCCCCAUCCCCAAACUGACGCAGGAGUACAAAGACUCCCUCAUCAAACGCGCCUCCGCCGACGCCGAGAAGGCUCGGGGGCGGAUCCGUAAUGUUAGGAGCGAUGCAAGGGGGAAGGUGAAGAAGAUGAAACAUGUGGGCGAGGAUUACAUCCGAAGGGCGGAGAAGAGUGUGGAGGAGGGGACGAAGAGGUGGGUGGGGGAGGUGGAUAAGGCACUGCAGGGGAAGGUUAAGGAGAUUGAGAAGGCUUAG